GAGCUAGUUUGUGCAGGUGGGUGAGUGAGGGGGGCCCAGGAUCGUCUGGGGGCUUGAGAUAAAGGAUGAGCCAGGGCGGGAACAGAACCAGGAGCGGCCCAUAAGGAACUGUCGGGUGGCGCUGGCAUCCAGGUCUCCCUGUGGGUCCGGCUCCGGUGUCUGUUAAACGUAGCACUCGCGAUUUCUCUUGGGAGGGCUAGACUUGACAGCAGUAGGAACUCAGGGUUCCUGUUGGCUUGAGGGUCAUCUUGUCCCCGCGCGAUUCCACUGCUGUGACCCCUACAUACCGUGGCCCUACAUCUGACCUUUCAUGAAACCAAAACAUCAGCAAACCAUCAACGAAGUAGCUGGCAGUGGUUCUUGGUCCGUAUUUUACCACAGUGGGGAUGGUGAGGGGUGUUCUGCUUGUGGUUUGGUGGUCCUGGGUCCCGUUCUUAGACUGCUCUCAGGCCUGCAUAGCUCUUCUCAUGUACUUAAUUUCUCACCUGACACGAAGGAACUACUUUUUAUCACGUCAGCAAGUCUUACUUUUGACCUGGAAUGAGGGGAAAAGGUGAAGGUAGGAUUACUAAAGAUAGCAAAUGGUAACAACAAUUAACAGUGUCUUUUUACCAUUUACUACAUUAUAUCAUUUAAAUAUCACUGCAGUUGUGAAGUAUAUCUCAUCCCUCUAUUCAUUCAUUUUAACAUCUACUGCAUCUCCCACUAUGUGCCAGGCACAGUCCUAGGCACUUCCUUGAUCAAGAUUAAACUUCCUCCUGAAGUUUAUGUUCCAGGUGGGGGACACAGGACACAAGCAGAAGAUAUGAAAACAAGGCUGGCAGCUUCAUCACUGGAAUUGAUGUCACCUCCAAGGAAGCAAUUGAAAAGAAAGAACAGCGAGCCAAGCGCUUCCAUUUUCGAUCAGAAGUGAAUCUUGCCCAAAGAAAUGUAGCCUUGGACCGAGACAUGAUGAAGAAAGCAAUCCCCAAAGUGAGACUGGAGACCAUCUACAUCUGCGGAGUAGAUGAAAUGAGUACCCAGGAUAUCUUUUCCUAUUUUAAAGAAUAUCCUCCGGCUCACAUCGAAUGGUUGGAUGAUACCUCCUGCAAUGUGGUUUGGCUGGAUGAAAUGACAGCCACACGAGCCCUUAUCAAUAUGAGUUCUCUGCCAGACCUGGAUAAGAUAAGAGGCAGGGAUGCCAAUGAGGACAAGUCAUCUGAGAAAAGCAAAAAAGGCAAGCAGGAAGACAGUUCAGAUGAUGAUGAGGCUGAAGAAGGGGAAGUUGAAGAUGAAAACUCAAGCGAUGUAGAGUUGGACACAUUAUCUCAGGUAGAAGAAGAGUCUCUGCUAAGAAACGAUCUUCGUCCAGCUAACAAACUUGCUAAAGGAAAUAGGUUAUUCAUGAGAUUUGCUACAAAAGAUGACAAAAAGGAACUUGGAGCAGCCAGAAGAAGUCAAUAUUACAUGAAAUAUGGGAAUCCAAAUUACGGAGGCAUGAAAGGAAUUCUUAGUAAUUCUUGGAAGCGAAGAUAUCAUUCCCGUCGCAUUCAGCGGGAUGUGAUCAAGAAGAGAGCCCUGAUUGGGGAUGAUGUUGGCUUGACGUCCUAUAAACACCGACAUUCCGGACUAGUGAAUGUCCCUGAGGAACCCAUUGAAGAGGAGGAGGAAGAGGAGGAAGAGGAAGACCAGGACAUGGAUGCAGAUGACAGGGUGGUGGUGGAGUACCAUGAGGAGCUCCCAGCUCUCAAGCAGACCCGGGAGCGAAGCACAUCCAGGCGGUCCAGUGCCAGCAGCUCAGACUCUGAUGAAAUGGACUAUGAUCUAGAAUUGAAAAUGAUUUCUACUCCUUCACCAAAGAAAAGCAUGAAAAUGACUAUGUAUGCUGAUGAAGUGGAAUCUCAGUUGAAAAAUAUAAGGAACUCCAUGAGGUCAGAUACUGUAUCCACAAGCAAUAUCAAAAACCGAAUCGGUAACAAAUUACCGCCUGAGAAAUUUGUAGAUGUCCGGCAUUUAUUAGAUGAAAAACGUCAGCACACGCGCCCACGGCCAUCGGGCAGCAGCACUAAAUCAGAUAUACGCCAGCGGUUAGGAAAAAGACCACAUUCUCCAGAAAAGGCUGGUAACCCUGUCGUUCGGAGAGAGCCCUUUUCUGAUGUACAUAGUAGGCUAGGUGUUCCCAGGCAGGACACUAAAGGCCUCUAUUCUGAUACUCGGGAAAAGAAGUCAGGUAGUUUAUGGACUCGCUUGGGAUCUGCAUCCAAGACCAAAGACAAGAACAUGAAGAAAGUGGAUCAUAGGGCUCCUGGCACUGAGGAAGAUGACUCCGAGCUGCAGAGGGCGUGGGGGGCUCUGAUUAAGGAGAAAGAACAAUCUCGCCAAAAGAAGAGUCGGCUAGAUAAUUUACCAUCUCUCCAGAUUGAAGUUAGUCGGGAAAGCAGCUCUGGUUCGGAGGCAGAAUCCUGAUGCUCUUGGGGCUGAUGGCAGCUGCCCUAAAGCUUGACAUUAUUGUGCAGGGUGGGGCGCACAGUAGGAACCUCCCCUGCAGGAGCCGGUGCCCCUCCUGCUUUUACUCCUGCAGUCACCCUCAGCUCUUGCUACUUUAGCAGGACUUCUUAAGAAUGUGACCUGUUCUGAAGGGCUCUGUCUUUUGCUGCAGAGUUAUAGUUCUGGGCCCUCAAUUUUUUUCCUACCACCCCACAAGCUUUACCCUUUGAGAAGAAGGCAGCCCUCCAGAUUUUUGUAGACGAUUUUCUUAAUAUUUUUAACAUUGUGUCUUUUAAAAGAAAUGUUUUACACAGUUCAUCCAAAGAGCAGAGAACUGAACUUCUCACUAUUGCCUUGGCCCCGACAGCUGUUACCAGCACCCUUUUCCCAAGAAAAGUCAAUUCCCAGGUGCUUAUUGGACAGCCUUCAAGGGGGAAGAUGAGGGAAGCUGCCAGUUCACCCUUCCAGGACCCUAGUGUGGGGGCCGAAUCUCAUGGACCUGACCUCAGAGGUGCACCAGUGCUGCCCAGGUAGAUAAGAGACUCCGCAUCGAUCGUGCUUCCGUUCCUCCCUGGGGAUUUCUGUUGGGGACCGCUUGCUAGCAAUCAGCUUGAAGUGAAGAUCAAGUUCAGUGCUGUGGGAUUUUUAGGAACAAAAAAUUGACUUCUGGAUUUGGGUUGUUUUUUUUUUGUUUUUUGUUUUUGUGCCAGGGGUGGGGUCAUGGGGUAAUGUUGAACAACUUUUAAGUUUGUAUUAUGUUUAAAAAUAUUAAUGGUUUAAAAGUUAAAAUUUUUAAUUUUUAUAUGUGAAAAUACUUCCUGUUGGCUAGAAGGGAAGCUCAAGUGGUGUCUAAUGUGCUGUUAAAUAUAUAUUAUAUACUUUGGAAGAAGGCAAAGAGAGGAGUCUCAUUAUUUUUAAAUGAUCCUACUUGUAUAGUCUGUUGUACAUAGAGUUGAACUUGCUUUUUGGCCACUGUAGGAAAAGACCCAUCCAUCCCAGAUGGGGCUCUGUUGUUUAUCAUCACUUUAGAAGUAAUGCAUUGUUCUUCUUUCUGUCUCCAAGUUCUGGCACCUGAAGACAUCUUCAAAACUGAUAAAUAAGAUAAUAGCUACAGAAAUUUUAGUUCAUUUAUUUUUAAACUCCUUUCCGAUCAUUUUAACCACAAAAAGGCAAUAGAUUAUUUUGUUUUCCUAUCUGAUUUUUAUUUUGAAGUAUUUAAUAUUUGCAUUCCUCUGCAGACUUAAAAACAGUGUUUCACUUCAGUUCACCAGAACUUGGGAGUUAGAGAUAGAAAAGCCUUUGUCCCUUUGGCGGUGUCAUAAAUUGUCAUCUGCCUGGAGCAUUUCAGUUUCCACUGCAGCCCUGGAUUCUGGAGAUCCUUACCUGGGGCUGAGCUAAACUAAUGGUCACAUGGGUAGUUGGUUAAACGCAGAACACUGAUGUUAAUAAAGUAAAGGGCUGUGAGACUUGAAA